ACCCACCCAUUUCUCCCCCUUCCUCCAACCUCGUCGCUGGGAAUCAUCAAUUGCCCUCCGCAAGCCCAGGCGUCUCAGGGAAACUUGAUUGGUCGGAAUCGAUGGACUCUCCGCGGCGCGUCCUCCCUCCGUCUCCUUCUCCUCCUCCGCCAUCUUCGUCGUCGAGGCCCCUCGACCUCGAAGUCACCGUCGUCUCCGCGAAUCACCUGAAGAACGUCAACUGGCGCAACGGCGACCUCAAGCCUUACGUCGUCGUCUACCUCGACCCCGAUCGCCGCGCCGCCAGCAAGCCCGACGACGCCGGCUCCACCCGCCCUGUCUGGAACGAGCGCCUCGCCCUCCCCCUCCCCUCGGCGGAGACCCUUCUCUUCCUCACCCUCGAUGUCUUCCACUCCAAGCCUUCCGAGACCCCCAAGCCCCUCGUCGGCACCGCCCGAUCCCGUCUCAAGGACCUCCUCCAUCAGGACGCCUUCGCCGGCUACGCCACCGGCCGCGGAGGCGGAGCCCCACCGUCUCCCGUCCGAACCCUCGAGCUCCGGCGCCCAUCCGGCCGCCCCCAGGGUAAGAUCCGCAUCAGGCUCGCCAUCCGAGAGCGCCCCUGCCCCCCACCCGAACCCAGACCCGGUUACCACUUCCCCCCUCCCCCACCCUCCUCCGGCUACUAUUUUCCCUCCAACGCUCCUCCCUUCCCUUCUCCACCUCCUCCUCACUCGGCUAGAGAUUACCGCAACUUCUCUCCGCCGCCCCCUCCCAUCCCUCCUUACGGCCACCCUAUCCCGUCCCACCCCCCUCCCUCGCAGUACCCAUAUGGAAGAUACUCCGAUCCCUACUCUUCUGGAUAUUACUCCCCUGCCGCUGCAUACUACUCGGCCCCUCCGGCUCCGGCCCCUGCCCCGGCCCAGCCCUACUAUGAUCGGCCAUCCGGCUACGGGGGGCCAUCAGCCCCGACGGGCUACUCAUCAGGGUUUUCUGCUUAUGAUCAUAGGCCAAAAGGUGGCAAAAUUGGAGCGGCUACGGGCCUGGCAGUUGGGGCGGUAGCUGGUGCAUUAGGAGGGUUGGUACUGGAAGAAGAACUGAGGUACGAGGAAGAGAAGAUCAACGAAAGGGCGGAGAGCUCUUUCUCUGCAAGAGAUGAUUAUUACAGUGACCAUCGUGCAGACUACUAACUACCAUGAACUUGCUGGUGUUCCUUGCCAUUGCUGUUCAGUAGUGUUGGAAGAGGCAAAGAUGAAUAAAUGAUGCCGCUUCAAUGUUGUCGCUUUGAUAUCUCGUACCAUCGUGUAUAUGGUGUCGCUGCAGUGUUGAUGACCAACGAACAAAGGUGUGCUUUUAUGUUCUCAUGCUUUUGGUGCACUUGAGAUUAGGACACUGUGCUUGUCUAGUAUCUAUCUCAGUUGUUGUUAUCUUGUACUGUUGUUGAAUUUCCUGUCUUGAAAAAGGUUAUUGCUUUACUUGUUA